UAUUAUUAUUAUUAUUAUUUUUUAAUUAAACAGAAAUAAAUCUAUCUUUCUUCUUAUUGGAGAUACUGCUUCUCCUUUCUUGGUUCUCUCUUUUUUGAGCGUUUCGUUUUAGGUUCUACUCAAUUACAGAAAGCGAGAUUUUCAGCUCUGAUUUAGAGAUUGGUUCGACACAGCGAUGUCGCAGAACCUUAGCGAAGCUUUGUGAAGAAGACUUGACAGGGAAAGCGAACAAAAAAGGAGAAAUUUCCAGCAAUGGUUGUCCAGUGCCCGAUAGCUGCUGAGGAAGGCGGCUGUAUGCGCUGACGCCAACCUCCACCUUCGGUGCAAUUCACGCGCGGUGGUCCCUGCGGCCUCCUGUUAUUUUAUAUUUUGGGUGCAAAACAGAGACCACCUUGUCUUAAUGUUCUUGACUAGGAAAACUGAUUGAAAAUUAAAGAGAAGAUGACAAAGGGGCGUUGGAGAGAGUCUAUAAAAUCAUUCUUUGGCAGACACAUUGAUCCAGAGAAAGAUGAACAACUAAAAGGAACUAAAACUGAAAUUGAGAACAAAGUAAAGAUGAUCUUUAAGCUUCUCAAAGAGGAAGAUAUUGAAGAAAAAGAUGGACUCUCAGUAGAAAACUCCAAAAAAGAACCUCUUGUUGAGCUAAUUGAGGAUUUCCACAAACAUUACCAGUUGCUCUAUGAACAAUAUGAUCAUCUGACUGGAGAGCUACAAAAAAAAUUUCGUGGGAAACAAGGAACAGAGUCAUCUUCUUCAUCAAGCUCAGACUCAGAAUCUGAGUAUUCUUCCAAGGACAAAGGAAGUAAAAAUGGAAAACUCGAAAAUGAAUAUCAAAAGAUAGCAGACGUUAUAAAGCAAGAACUUGAAAUGACAAAUCUAGAGGUUGCAGAACUGAAGAGUAAGUUGACAGCUACCAAUGAAGAAAAGGAUGCAUUAAAUUUGGAACAUCAGGCAGCUUUAAGCAAAAUACAAGAAGCAGAGGAGAUCCAUAAAAAGUUGAAGUUUGAAGUUGAAAGAUUAGAUGUGGAGAAAGAAAAUCUUCUGGUUGAGAACGGAGAGUUGAAGCAAAACCUUGAUAAAGCUGGCAAUAUAGAAGCAGAACUGAACAAGAGAUUGGAGGAAAUGAAAAAAGAGAAGGAUAACUUGAUUGUGGAGAAAGAGACUGCCAUUAAGAGGUUUGAAGAGGGAGAACAAACAACAGAGGAAUUAAAAGUUGUUAUGAGUCAACUGCAAGAAGAGAAGGCAGUUCUUGGGCAAGAACUAGAAAGUUAUAGAGCAGAAGUUGCUAGUAUGAAACAGCAAUUAGAAUCUGCAGAGCAGCAAGUAUCAGAUUUCAGCCAAAAAUUGACUCAAUAUGAGGAAGAAAAUAGAUCUAUUACUUCUUCAAUUUUGGUACAGAAUUCAAGAUUGGAAGAUAUGACUAGAGAGAAAGACAACCUGCUCAGGGAGAAAGAGACUGCUGUGAGAAGAAUUGAAGAGAUAGAGAAGACUACUGAAGACUUAAGAACUUUGGCUGAUAGAUUGCAGGAUGAGAAAACAAUGCUGGGGCAAGAAAUAGAAACCCUUAGAGAGGAACUUACCAGCAGGAAGCAGCAACUGGAAUCUACAGAGCAGAUGGUAUCAGAACUUAAUCACACUUUGGAAGUUGCUGAGAAAGAAAAGGAAGUUCUCGGGCAAGAACUAGAAGGUUUGAGAGCAGAAAUCGCCAGUAUGAAGCAGCAACUAGAAUCUGCAGAGCUGCAAGUGUCAGAUAUAAGCCAAAAAUUGACACAUUCUGAGGAAGAAAAUAAAUCUCUUACCUCUUCAGUUUUGGUACAGAAUUCAAGAUUGGAAGAUAUGGCUAGAGAGAAAAACAACCUGCUCAUGGAGAAAGAGACUGCUGUGAGAAGAAUUGAAGAGAUAGAGAGGACUAUUGAAGACUUAAGAACUUUGGCUGAUCAAUUGCAGGAUGAGAAAACAAUGCUCAGGCAAGAAAUAGAAACCCUUAGAGAGGAACUUACAAGCAGGCAGCAGCAACUGGGAUCUACAGAGAAGAUGGUAUCAGAACUUAAUCACACUUUGGAAGUUGCUGACAAAGAAAAGGUAGUUCUUGGGCAAGAGCUAGAAAGUUUUAGAGCAGAAGUCACCAGUUUGAAGCAGCAAUUAGAAUGUGCAGAGCUGCAAGUUUCAGAUUUAAGCCAAAAAUUGACACAUUAUGAGGAAGAAAAUAAAUCUCUUACCUCAUCAGUUUCGGUACAGAAUUCAAGAUUGGAAGAUAUGACUAGAGAGAAAGCCAACCUGCUCAUGGAGAAAGAGACUGCUGUGAGAAGAAUUGAAGAGAUAGAGAAGACUACUGAAGACUUAAGAUCUUUGGCUGAUCGAUUGCAGGAUGAGAAAACAAUGCUGGGGCAAGAAAUAGGAGCUCUUGGGGAGGAACUUACCAGCAGGAAGCAGCAACUGGAAUUUACAGAGCAGAUGGUAUCAGAACUUAAUCACAGUUUGGAAGUUGCUGAGAAAGAAAAGGAAAUUCUCAGGCAAGAACUAGAAAAUUUUAGUGCAGAAGUUGCCAGUAUUAAGCAGCAACUAGAAUCUGCAGUGCUACAAGUGUCAGAUUUAAGCCAAAAAUUGACACAUUCUGAGGAAGAAAAUAAAUCUCUUGCCUCGUCAAUUUUGGUACAGAAUUCAAGAUUGGAAGAUAUGACUACAGAGAGAGACAACCUGCUCAUGGAGAAAGAGACUGCUGUGAGAAGAAUUGAAGAGAUAGAGAAGACUACUGAAGAUUUGAGAACUUUGGCUGAUCGAUUGCAGGAUGAGAAAACAAUGCUGGGGCAAGAAAUAGAAACCCUCAGAGAGGAACUUACCAGCAGGAGGCACCAACUGGAGUCUACAGAGCACAUUGUAUCCAAACUUAAUCACACUUUGGAAGUUGCUGACAAAGAAAAGGCAGUUCUCGGGCAAGAACUAGAAAGUUUUAGAGAAGAAGUCAACAGUAUGAAGCAGCAACUAGAAUAUGCAGAGCUGCAAGUGUCAGAUUUAAGCCAAAAGUUGACACUUUCUGAGGAAGAAAAUACAUCUCUUGCCUCGUCAACUUUGGUACAGAAUUCAAGAUUGGAAGAUAUGACUAGAGAGAAAGACAACCUGCUCAUGGAGAAAGAGACUGCUGUGAGAAGAAUUGAAGAGAUAGAGAAGACUGCUGAAGACUUGAGAACCUUGGCUGAUCGAUUACAGGAUGAGAAAGCAAUGCUGGGGCAAGAAGUAGAAACCCUUGGAGAGGAACUUACCAGCAGGAAGCAACAACUGCAAUCUGUAGAGCAGAUGGCAGCAGAUCUUAAUCACAGUUUGGAAGUUGCUGAGAAAGAAAAGGUAAUUCUUGGGCAACAACUAGAAAAUUUUAGAGCAGAAGUUGCCAGUAUUAAGCAGCAACUAGAAUCUGCAGAGCAACAAGUGUCAAAUUUAAGCCAAAAAUUGACACAUUCUGAGGAAGAAAAUAAAUCUCUUACCUCAUCAAUUUUGGUACAAAGUUCAAGAUUGGAAGAUAUGACUAGAGAGAAAGACAACCUGUUCAUGGAGAAAGAGACUGCUGUGAGAAGAAUUGAAGAGAUGGAGGAUACUGCAGAAGACUUGAGAACCUUGGCUGAUCGAUUACAGGAUGAGAAAGCAAUGCUGGGGCAAGAAGUAGAAACCCUUAGAGAGGAACUUACCAGCAGGAAGCAACAACUGGAAUCUGUAGAGCAGAUGGCAUCCGAUCUUAAUCACAGUUUGGAAGUUGCUGACAAAGAGAAUGUUUCUCUAACCUUAAAAGUUACAGAAAUUUCAAAUGAAAUUCAACUGGCACAAAAUACAAUAACAGAACUUAUGUCAGAGUCACGUCAACUAAAGGAGAAAUUGAUUGAGAAGGAAAAGGAGUUGUCAUCUCUUGCAGAGAUGCUUAAGGCACAUAGUAAUGAAUCAUCAACUCAGAUAAAGGAAUUAGAAGCGCUAGUGACUGGCCUAAAACUGGAGCUGGAAUCAUUAAGAGCCCAGAAUAGAGAUUUGGAGGUGCAGGUUGACAGCAAAACUUCUGAAGUAAAAGUGGUGGAAGCAGAUAAUUUACAACUAAAAGCCCAGAUUUUAGAACUUGAAAUGAUCUCAAAAGAAAGAGGAGAUGAACUUUUUGCUCUCACAAAGAAACUUGAUGAUAAUGAGAAAGAAUCAUUGUCUAGAGUAGAAAUCCUGACAGCACAAGUCAACACUGUUCUAGCAGACUUGGAAUCUUUACGCACACAGAAAGCAGAGUUGGAAGAACAUAUGAUAAGUAAAGGCGAUGAAGCAUCAAUUCAAGUCAAGGGUCUCAUGGAUCAGGUUAAUGGGUUACAACAGCAACUGGAGUCUUUGCACAAUGAGAAAGCUGAACUAGAAGUGCAACUGGAGAAAAAAACUCAUGAAAUUUCAGAUUUCCUGGUUCAGAAAGAAAAUCUGAAAGAGGAGAUAGCACACAGGACUGAAGAUUAUCAGAGAAUGUUUGGAGAGAAAGAAAUUUUGACUUUACAAAUGAAAAAUCUGGAAUUGGAGGUGGAGACUUUACGCAACCAGAAAACCGAUCUUGAAGAUCAAGUAAGAACUCAAAUCAAAGAAAGUGGGCGGUUAGGAGAGGAGAUUGUGGGUUUACAGAAUAUAAUUUUUGAAUUGGAAAAAACAUUAACAGAAAGAGAGCUAGAGUUCUCUGCCCUCCAGGAGAGACAAGAAAAAGGAGAGAAUGAAGCUUCUGUUCAGAUAAUGGCUUUAACUACACAGACUGACAAUCUGCGAAUGGAAUUAAAUUCCUUACUGGCUGAGAAGAACCAAUUGCAGUUGCAGCUUGACAAAGAGAAACAAAAAUUUUCAGAAAGCGUGACAGAGAUGGAAAAUCAGAAGUCUGAGUUCAUGAGCAAAAUUGCAGAUCAGCAAAAAAUGCUGGCAGAACAGGAGGGGGCGUACAAGAAGCUGACUGAGGAGUAUAAGCAAGUGGAAAGUUGGUUCCAGGAGAGCAAGGAAAAUCUAAAGGCAACUGAAAGGAAAGUGGAGGAAAUGGCAAAAGAAUUCCAGAAGAAUACCGAGUCCAAAGAUCAGAUAGUGGCUGAAUUGGAAGAAAUAAUUGAAGACCUGAAAAGAGAUCUUGAAGUAAAAGGAGAUGAUCUGAAUACUUUGGUCGAGAAUGUCCGCAAUAUUGAGGUUAAGCUCCGGUUGUCAAACCAGAAGCUUCGGGUCACGGAACAAUUACUAACUGAGAAGGAAGAGAGCUUUCGGAAAGCAGAAACAAGCUACCAGAAAGAGCUGGGAGUACUGGGGGAAAGGAUUGCCACGCUGUCCGGGAUAAUAGCUGCUACCAAUGAAGCUUGUCAGAGGAUGGUAACAGAUAUGUCAGAGAAAGUAAACAGUACUUUGACAGGAGCAGAAGCUAUGACCCGAAAAUUUGAAGAGGACUGUGACAGCAUCGUACAAUGUAUUUUGGGGAUGUCAAAUGAGAUUGAGAUUGCAAAGAAUAGAGUAAUAGUGAUGAAGAAUGAGAAGGAACGACUCAGAAAAGAAGUAGGUGAUCUAGUACUACAGUUGCAAGUUACAAAAGAACGGGAAUCAGCAUUGAGAGAGAAGGUUGAACAACUAGAAUUUAAUGUAAGAAAGGAUGAAGGGGAGAAAGAGAACUUAACUAAAGCUGUUAACCAAUUGGAAAAAAAGGUGGCAGCAUUAGAGAAAAUGAUGAAAGAGAAGGAUGAAGGUAUAUUAGACCUGGGGGAGACCAAGAGAGAGGCGAUAAGGCAGCUGUGCUUAUGGAUUGAUUAUCACCGCAGUCGUUGUGAUCAUCUCAGAGAAAUUCUGUCGAAGAUGCCUGUGAGAGGCCAGAGGGCGGCUUAGAAGUCAGAUAUUUAUGAUCCCAGUACAUUUUGGUAAUUUUUGUGGCAUAUAUAUUUCAUUGCUUCAUUUUUUUUUUAUUGGAAGCAUUGUCAAUGUCAACAUCCUUAGGUGAUGAUUGAACGUUACUAGUUAUCAUGUAUGGUAAGGUUUGCUUGCAUUUGAUUCAUCAAACACCAGGUUGUAUAGAAUUCAUUGUCAUGCUUUGGUUUGAGCUUGAAACUAUAGUUUAGAUUGUGAUUCAACGUUGCUAAA